AUGGAUUGCUCAGAUCCUGCAAGUGAAGCAGCAAACAAUGAGGCAGGGUUUGGUGUUAAGAGGAAGCCUCGAAUUCUACUUGCUGCAACGGGAAGCGUUGCUGCUGUAAAAUUCUCACUUCUUUGUCAUUGUUUUAUAGAAUGGGCUGAAGUGAGAGCAGUUGUCACACAAUCAUCUUUACGUUUUUUCGAUGCACUAUCAGUUCCCAAGGAUGUGUUUGUUUAUUAUGAUGAGCAUGAACAGCAUAGUUGGAAAAAGGAAGGUGAUUUCGUGCUUCACAUUGAGAUUUGUAAAUGGGCUGAGAUCAUGGUCAUUGCUCCAUUAUCAGCUAAUACCCUUGCCAAGAUUGCAGGGGGGGUUUGUGACAAUCUAGUGACAUGCAUAGUGCAAUCCUGGGACUACAAAAGGCCACUCUUUGUUGCACCAUCCAUGAACACGUUUAUGUGGGAAAACCCUUUCACACAACGCCAUUGCACGUGCCUUGGUCAGCUUGGCAUUUCUCUCAUUCCACCUGUUGCACAGAGGAAAUCUGAGGAGGAAUAUGCGAAUGGUGCAAUGGCUGAACCUUCUAACAUUUCCUUAACUGUGAAGAAUUGUUGGCGGAAAUCAUCCAUUUGA